UUCUCAUUCACUGCACAGUCGUACUACAAGAGAGUUGGUAGUUAUUUCUUACUUUGUUUUGGCGUGCGAGCAUGUCCUACGAGCAUGUCAAUGGGGGUGAUGAGGAGGACUUCGAAGACAAUUUAAAUGCUAGUAGCCGGCUUCUGGACUCUCGUUCGAGGAUUGCUGCAAUACACCCAGACCUGGCCAUUAGACCUUCUGUGUACUACGAAGAAGGCCCUUUCGACGCGCCUUCCUCUGACGAAAGCGAGGGUCUUGUUGAGAAGCAGGAUCAUGUCCUUUCGGACGACCCGAAUCUCUUCGGUGACGCAGAGCCGGGAAACGGCUUACUAGUAGGAGGGAACAAAAGGCCCGCUAGCCUUAAGUACCUUAUCAUCUCCCUGGCAUCGCUGGUUUUUCUUUCUGCCUCGAUUGGACUGUUUGCCGCGACAUCUCUCUACACCGGACAAACCUAUCGAUUACCAGGUGUCAGGAAAUUUUCCUUGGACCAUAUAUUUAAUGGAACAUUUUCUCCUUCACGGGAGGGUGUGAACUGGGUUCCAGAAGCUGGCGACGGAGUUUUCUCUAUCUUCCACAAUGGCCAGAUUCAGCUUGUUGACCUGAAAAGUAAUAAAACGACUGACCUUGUCUCCAUCACGGAUAUCAAGGACGAUGACGGGAACAUUAUUAUGUGGUCAGAAUGGAAGCUUUCGCCGGAUAUGACGUAUAUACUGGUGAAGGCCGACCAUCUUAAGCAAUGGCGUCAUUCGAGCUUUGGCAAUUACUACGUGCAUAACCUGAACACCAAAGUAACAUACCCAUUGGUGCCGCCCACUCAUCCCCCAGUAAUCUCUUAUGCUACUUGGUCACCGACUGGGCAAUCUAUCGCAUUCGUUGCUGCCAACGAUAUAUACAUACUCCCAUCUCCGUCUGCUUCUACCUCCCCCAUUCGGGUCACCAGCUCAGGAAAUGCAUCUCUAUUUAAUGGUGUACCUGAUUGGAUCUAUGAAGAAGAGGUUUUCUCAAGUGACUACGCGCUGUGGUGGUCUCCCGACUCGACCAAGAUUGCUUUUCUGCAUCUUGAUGAGACCGAAGUUGACGAAUUUCGGUUCCCGAUUUACAAUCCCACAGAUGAUUCUUAUACUGUUGUUCCAUAUACCCAAGAUGUUGUCAUCAAAUACCCCAAACCAGGCUACAACAACCCUCUUGCUUCCGUGCAUGUUUUUGACGUCGCGCAGUACGAAUCAUCCGAAACACUUUCUGACUCAACUGCCGAAAUCUAUACUUCUGAGCUUAAUUGGGAAGGUCGCUUCCCUGUGGCUAACAGUAUCAUCAUGGAUGUCACCUGGGUGGGCCAAUCGACUCUCGUCGUUAAAGAGGUUACUCGUGCUGCGGACAAUGGUAGCGUCGUGUACUUCGAUUUGACAGACAUGGGGAAUGCAGACAUCGUAAACGGAACGGUAGUCCGAAGGCUUGGUAGUGGCGGUGAGGAAGGUGACGAGGGCUGGAUUGAAACCGCCCAGAAUAUUCUCCCUGUUCCAGACAGCCUGCGCUUAGGAGAUUCAUCUGCCUAUCUAGAUAUAGUACCAAUCGACGGCUACAACCAUAUUGCUUUAUUCGAUCCCGCCGAGAGUAAUACUCCACGUUUCCUCACUUCCGGCCCAUGGGAAGUUACAGGGGGUAUCCAAGCGGUGGAUACGCAAAGAGGAUUGAUAUAUUUCCAAGCCGCGCGGUCAUCAACUCAACGCCACAUAUAUUCAGUCCCAAUUUCAGCAUCAGUUUCAGAAUCCGUGGAGCCCAUCUCGCUCACAGAUGAAUCAAUACCCUCUUCAUACAGUGCCAGCUUUUCACCUGAAGCCGGAUUUUAUCUUCUUGAUUAUAACGGACCAGCUGCACCAUGGCAGCGAAUCGUCGAUGUUGGCAACAGUGAUUUCGAUUAUGUUCUGACGGACAACUCUGCAUUAAAUACCACGCUGACUGAAUUUGAAUCUGCCGCCGUCACAUAUUCGACGAUAGACAGUGAUGGCUUUGAACUAAAUGUAAAGGAGAUGCGCCCUCCUCGCAUGGAUGACUCAGGGCGGACGAAGUACCCAGUAUUAUUCUUCGUGUACGGUGGUCCAGAGAGUCAGCAAGUCGAUGUCAAGUAUAAACGAGACUGGCAUGACUAUCUCGCUUGCACACUCCAGUAUGUUGUCGUCGUCGUGGACGGUCGGGGGACCGGAUUCAAGGGGCGGCACCUGCGCAAUCCAGUAAGGAAUAAUCUUGGCUUCUGGGAGACCCAGGACCAAAUCAAUGCUGCACGCAUCUGGGCUGGGAAAGACUAUGUCGACUCGAAACGUAUUGGAAUUUGGGGAUGGUCUUAUGGCGGGUUCAUGGCCUCCAAGGUCGCCGAAGCAAAUGCCGGUAUCCACACUUUGGCCAUGGCUGUGGCCCCUGUGACCAGUUGGAGACUAUAUGAUUCCAUCUAUACAGAACGGUACAUGGACUUGCCUGACAAUAAUCCUGGAGGUUACGUCAACGCCUCCAUUUCAGAUGUAGAGGGCUUCAAGAGCAUAGAUUAUCUCCUUAUUCACGGCAGUGGAGAUGAUAAUGUCCACUUUGCGAACACAGCUCACUUGUUGGAUAUGUUCACAGAAGCUCAAGUCAGAAACUUCCGUUUCAGGAUGUUCACAGACAGCGAUCACUCGAUCACUCGCAGAGGCGCGAAUAGAGAGGUUUACGAAUACAUGGCUUUGUUCCUCAUUGAAAAGUGGGGGAAAGGUGGCCGGCAACGCGGUUGGUGAGGUUAACGUAUGUGCAAUGCACAUAGAUCUUCGGUUUUCGUAAAUUUCUACAUCAGAAGCGGAGAAUGCGGUUUGUGAGUGAGCUGUUUUGGGCGGAAUCCAAAAGGGGCUAGGAAGAGUUCGAGGGAUGGGGUAUCUCAGAAUUCCGCCCCGCUCGUCCCAUGCGCGUCAACAUGCAGCAAUAUAAUAUAAAUACAAGUACCAAUUGUUUGACAACGACCAGCGCUGAUGCUGUGUUAUUAUACUGUGACCGCAGAACUAUCACAUCGGGGGUUUCAACAUUUCACCUGGUGCAAAAUUUCAAUCAAAA